AUGUUCAGUCGGCACACUUUGCAGAAGUUGGUGUUGAUCGCUGCUUACAGGAAUUUGGCACAUAGACCCGUUUAUUGACGGAAGGCCUAAGUUUGCUCUUGAGAAGUCUGGAUAGAGACAACGAGCAAUGAAAAACCGUCCGUGGAAAGGUUUAUUGUCAGUAGCGUUACCUCGCAGAAUGUCAAACAUGUUCACUGCGUUCAUUGUCGGCCUUAUUUUUUGGUCCCUCCAAAGCAGCGUUGCUGGAGCAGGGCUGGCCCCACCACAGGACUUGAUCAUGAUUACCUUGAACACCAAUUACACACUGACUUGGGACUGGGACCAGAAUUCUGCAGAGAGUCACGCUGUCAACUUCACCACGCAAUAUGUCGGGAAGUACAAGCUGAAGUACAAGCUGAAUUCCAAGAAGAAGAGUCCAGACUGGUCGACAGCCUGUGAAGAGAUGUCACGGAGAUCAUGUGAUCUUACAGUGUUCAACCUUCACUACCUGAGCAUCUAUGUGCUUCGUGUACGAGCCAAUGUAAAUGGGCAUCACUCUGACUGGGUGCAGAAAGAAUUCUGCCCUGAUAAAGAUGCUGCUGUGGGUCCGCCAAGCAAAGUGGAGACUGAACCUGCUGGAAGUGACCUGGAUGUUUUCAUCUUUGACCCUCUGACCAACAACAACACUUCCAUGAAGGACCAUCUUCCAAAGUUGUACUACCAUAUUCUUUACUGGGAACGCUCCAUAGACAGCCAGGCCUUAAGAACCCAGACGUUAAGAAGCAGUGCCAACAUGGUGACACUACCAAACCUGAAGGCCUGGACAUGGUAUUGUGUGAGCAUCCAGUCACGUGAUGACUUCUAUAACAAGAGCAGCAGCUUUACCUCACCCCAGUGUAUGCAGACUGAAGGUAACACUCCAUGGUGGCAGAUCUUUCUGUAUUUCCUGGGCUCUCUGGUGUUGUGUUUCCUGGUCAUGCUGCUGUCACUGUAUACCUCGUUUUGGUGUUACAGGACCCUGAAGGCAACAUUGUACCCCUCCAUUCAGCUGCAUGCACACUUCAUGGAGUAUCUUUGUGACUCUUCUGGCUCUGCUAUUCCUCACCUCCUCACCCCGGAUGCAGAAUCAGAGCUGCUGUGUGACAAGGUGACCGUCUGUGCAGAGCCAGCAGUCCUAGAAAUCCACAGCCCUCCUCCUGGGGCCCUGCUAGCUCCCCCAUCAGGCCUAGAUCCAGACGUCAGACACAGUCGUCAAGACAGCGACAGCAGUGGAGACUCCGGAGUGUACUCCACAGGGGGCAGCUCCAGCCUGCAGCAGCCCAACAGCAGUCAAUCCUCCACAGGGGCCAAAGACGUCUGGUUGGGCCCCUUUGACCUGGAGCAGGUAAAACUGCAGCAGAUGGCUCCAGGACUCAAGAGUCAGCGUCUGAUCGCAGAUGAGGGCAUUGUAGACGUGCGUGUCUGAAGAUGUACAGGAAAAGACACUGGUUGAGAAGCUCAUGAAACAAGGAUGGUGUUAAAGAAGACAGAUAUGUGUCCAAUGUACAGUGUGCAUUUUCUCCAGCUGCCACUGUGAAACAGAGUGGAGGGUGCCAUUAAAAUAAAUGGUAUGAUACAAGACAGAAAAAACGAGAUCACAAGUGACGGACUGACACAAGGAACAACCCUGGUCUGCUCUGGUGUCACGAUGUGUUUCCGACUUUCAAGGAAGAAGGGUGUUGUCAUUCUGAAGACAACGCACUUUAGUCUUGGCCUAUCUCUUAAAAUUGUGGAUCCUUGUGUGACCAAUCUGUUGUAUGUUCCCUUCACCUGGUCUCCAGCAGCCACUGUCUUAACCCUCUUGUUCAUGUUGUGACUGCUGCUCUAAGUCACUGUGGCUGAGAGUAAAUCUUUGUAGCAAGUAGUGUUUUUUUAUCUCUUUUACUGUCACGUGGCUUAAAUGAUAGAACAUGAAUAAUUUACAGCAGCUGAUUAGGUAGCAGUAAUUAAUGGGUGGGUCUGUUCUCAAAUCAAGGUGAUGUUGCAGACAAGUCCAAAUCUUUGAGCCUCGAGUCUAUUUUGCUUUUAUAGUGUAGUGUAGUGAAUGUUCACGAAACAAAGGCACUGCAAAACAACUGAGCAGUUUAUUAGGGACACCUAAUUAAAGCUAGUAUAACCCAAUUGUCUUGCAUUAAAUCCUCCUCCAUGAAGAUAAUGCUCAGUUUUUGGUUGGAACUGUAUAAAGGAGGUCUGAAUUGUUGAAUUGUAAAGGAGGUCAGAAUUGUUGGCCGUUGCAAUGCAACAGGCAACAAUUGUUGGCCGUUGCAUUGCAACAGGCAACAAUUCUGUCAUUUCUCCUGAACUUACCAGGUCACACUCUCUCUACCUCAUUAACCACAUUAGAGCCAGUAUGAUUUGGGCCAGACUUUGGUUCUUGGUCGGGCAUUUUUUACUAGAUGCAAUGUGGACCUGUGAGGACGUCUGCUGUAGAGGCCAAUUUGGUAACUGUUGGACUUGUAGCAGCCUGGGACCAGAAUUGUAACACAGGAAGCUACCUACCAAGGUAUUUUUCUCCAGUCAUGUGUGUAGGCAGUUAUUCAGUUCAGCCAGCGGAAGACUGUAAUGGUCAUGUGUUAUGGACAGUGUGAGAGAAUUUUUCUGUUUAUGAAACUGCCUGGGCUCCUUAUCUAUUGCUAAACUGGCAGCCAGACAGUGAAGGGUUGUUGGGCCAAGCUUGUUGACUGUUUGGGUCAUUGUUCUACAGGAAAGCAAUUGACUUGUUCUAGCCUGCUGAUAAUGCUGCUCAAGUUGGAACAAGUGGUCGCAGAUCCUUCUCUGUGACAAAUGUCACUGUAUGGAAAGCAAACAACACACAAGUAUGUGCUUUCACAGUAUAAAUGUUUAGUUUGAAUAAUGCAGCUCCUUUUCUAAAAUCCCACUCAUAAGCUGCAUUUCCACCAGUGGAACUUUCCCUGGGCAUCAAGAACCUUUUGUGGAAAUUAGUUUCUCUACCUGUUUUUCCACUGGAGGAUCCAGGGCCUAAAUUUAGUCCCGAGGUGUCAUUCUCCCGACGAUGAAAGUAUCUAGUCUGGGGGUAGUCUUUUCUGAAGGUCUAAGAACAAUCAGCGGGUUUAAGUUUAUAGCGCUGCAGAGUGGAACAUCACAGACUGGUCAAAUACAGGGCUGUACAGCACGAACAUUACACUCACUGAAGUGAGUAGAAAUUUGUGUGUGCCAAUGUGAAAAAUGUUUUAGGUGCACUGAUGGAACAGACUCCACAUUACUUGGGUUUUCGGUUUGCAAGGAGUGUGUGAUUCCAUUCACUUCCUGGUCCAAACCUCUCCAGACCCAAAUGGUGAAGCCUGUCGCGCCCCCCCCGUUUCAUGCUUUUUUUGUGUAAAAUAAUUGCAAUUCUAAUUUUGCUUGUUGACAAAAACCUAAUAAAUAAAUAGUGAGGCAUGUCUGGGACUAAAACAAUCUGUACAUGGUCUUUCAGCUCAGAGUUGUCAGCGUCACCGUUUUACCUGACAGCAAAAUAACCAAAUUAGACCAAACCACACAUGUCAUAGUAAAUGUAUUCAUAUAGUGUUGUGUCCAGCUCAUUUUUAAUAGUUCCUGGCUUUUACCAUUACUUUCAUCAGUGUAAAAUGCAUCAGUAUAGUGUUUACAUUAACUUCAUGCUAACUAGCUAGCUACAUUACAAAGCAGCAAAACAGCACACUUUUAGAAGUUUUACGACAUUAAUUUAAGAAUACCGAGACUUAUCUAAUCUACUUUUCAUUGCAAGAAAACCGGUAAAAAUAGCUGAUCUAUUUUUGAUUCAGGUCUAAUGAAACAAUGGGCAGCACAACACUGCAGAACCCAGAAGAACAAACCAAGGUUUGGACCAAGAAAUGGAAUCUUAUACUACUUAAUUAGCGGAUAGAUCAUAAAUCCCACCUUCUCUGUGUUAGUGGAUGUUACCUGAGCCAAACUACAAAUUCAAAGUACAGAUCAAAUAAAUUUUUCCCAGAGGUGAUUUCUGUAGUACUUGGUAGAUAAUAUCAUACCAAUGUGUGUACAUGUGGUCAUUUUUCUGAUAAUUGUAUUUAAUAAGUUAUUAGAUUAUAUGAAACUUGGUGUAUUUUGAUUGGCUGUGUGAUGCUGUCACUCCACUUCUGGUCUGUUUGUGAAAUAGCAAGAUGGCAGCCACUGUACUUGGGCUUCACUUUUGCAUAGUGGAGGGAAGUGGUGAUGCAGUGUCCAUCAUACAUGAGUCAAGGGUCUAGGUUUUCUGUAUUAAAGUCCUGUAAAUAAACUGUAUGCCUCGGGCAGUGCUGGACAUUGCCAGGUUAGGGUUAGACCUACUUACAGAUUUGAAAUUGUCCUGUUUAACAUUUAACUGAAAUAUCACAUUUUGGUUAGACAGAAGAAUUUGGACGGAGAAAUCCACUUUAAACAAAGUAGUCUGGGCUAAAAAGGGAUUUCUGUUCAUAGUCGUUGGUCUAUCUCAGCUACUUGUUAAAAUGUCUGUGUAAAAUGAAACAUCUUCUGCAAACAGUUCUGUUGUGUUUGUAUCAAAAACAAAAGAAAGGAUCAUUUUUAUUUCUCUCAUUUCCUGUAUUUGAAUAUAUUCAGUGUAAAUUAAUCCCAGAGGGAAAAAGUCGGUUAUAAAAGCUAAUGUUUUCUUUGUGUGUGUGUCUGACAAAGCUUAUUACUUUUAACAGAGUAUAACAUUUUUAUUUUUCCUUUUAUAAUACUUGUAUAAUCUUGGUGCCAUAUUAGUUCUGUAUGACUUAUUUUGUAUGUAUUUUUAAUUGGAGCUUUACGAGUUCUACUUCUCUUCAUGGAGAAACAGUUGUCACAGAACGUGCAUCUGCAGACUUGCAGUAUAGAGCCACAAUUCUUAUUAUAUGUUCACAUCUCA